GAAAAUUACACUCACUCUCACACACUCUCUCAUGGUUUAGUCUUUGCUGAAAUCUGUUUUUGCUUUACCAUGGAAACGAUUCUUUCAUCUCAAGCUCUCUUUCCUCUCUCGAAUCACAAAGCUUCUUCUCCAACAACUUCUCUGUCUUCCUCUCUCCAACCCAGAUCAGGUUUUGUGUUUUUACCAAAACCCAUUACUUCAAACCUCAAGAAUCAAUCUUCUCAAUCGCUUAAACCAUCUUUCGCAUUACCAACUAAUUGGUUUUCUUAUGCCCAACAAGGGUUAGCAGCUCUAGCUCUCUCUUUAGCUCUGAACUUUUCUCCAGUGGUUUUAUCAAGUGGCACUGCUCUAGCUUCUGAGUUUGAUAUCCUUAAUGAUGGACCACCGAAAGAAUCCUAUGUUGUUGAUGAUGCAGGAGUGCUUAGCCGAGUUACAAAGUCGGAUUUGAAGAGAUUGUUGUCUGAUUUGGAGUCGAGAAAGAAUAUUCACAUCAAUUUCGUCACUGUUAGAAAGCUCACUAGCAAAGCUGACGCUUUUGAGUAUGCUGACCAAGUUUUGGAGCGUUGGUAUCCCACCAUUGAAGAUGGCAACAACAAGGGCAUUGUCGUCCUGGUGACCAGUCAAAAAGAAGGAGCUGUGACUGGUGGUCCUGCUUUUGUUCAAGCUGUUGGAGAUACUAUCCUUGAUGCAACUGUAUCAGAGAACCUUCCUGUCUUGGCCACAGAUGAGAAAUACAAUGAAGCCAUUUAUAGUAGCGCGAAAAGACUCGUUGCAGCAAUUGAUGGGCUUCCAGAUCCUGGAGGUCCCCUGGUUAAAGAAAACAAAAGGGAAUCCAAUUUCAAAAGCAAGGAAGAGACCGACGAAAAACGUGGACAGUUCACCCUUGUUGUUGGAGGCUUGCUGGUGAUUGCCUUUGUUGUUCCUAUGGCACAAUACUAUGCUUAUGUCUCAAAGAAGUAAAGUGAAUGUGACAACUAAAUUUGCUGUCAUUGUAGAUUAUAUCCAGCAAACUCCUUUAAACAAAUGUCAUUGUUUGAAGCUUGAUGAGAAAUUUGUUUUAAGAGAAAGAGCAUAGUUUUUGUUCAGCUUAUAAGAUACCAACUGAACUUGAGUUCUCUAUUAACUUAGGCUGCUCAUGUUCAUGAUUAAUGAUAUUGUAAGAUAUUACUGUAAUACAAUCAGCUUUUCAGCCA